AUGGUAUCGUCACAAGAGCUCGAGUCUGCCAUUCGGCAGAAGGUGCGCAACGUCUCGACCCUCGUGGUGUCGGAUGUGUCUGGAGGAUGUGGGCAGGCGUACGACGUGGUGAUUGUGAGCGACGCCUUCGAGGGCCUCAACACGCUCAAGCGUCAUCGCAUGGUGAACGAGCUUCUCAAGGACGAGAUUGCGCAGCUGCACGCCUUUUCGCAAAAGACCUACACCGCAGCGCAGUACGAGCAGAUGUCGACAUCCUCCACCGCCACUCCUGCGGCGGCUGCAGCCAAGCCUACGUCGGCGGACCUUCAGGCACCAGCACCCAUCAUCACCGGCUCGAGGCCUUCGCACAAUCGCACUGCCUCGGGCGUGUCGAUUCCAGAACUCACGCUGACGACCGACGACGAUACGCUCUCGGGUCACCGCUCCGUAGGUAAACCCCUCGGUAGCAACACCGCGCAGGGCAACGCAACUCAGUAUCCGGGGACCGCGGUACCGCCACCGCUGAGUCCGAGCAUCUCGCGUCUGCACGAGAACCGCAUCCGCUCCACCGAAUUCUGGACCGGCCUCCGAUCCUAUCUCGAACUCCAGUUCUCGGGUCCCAAUGUAGAGGCAGGUGCUGCUUCGCCAGGACCGUCCGGAAGAUCGCCCGGAGACGCAGAGAUCGAACGCAUCUUUGAAGACUUUUUCCUUUCCCAGAAACACCACCUCACCGCAAGCGACAUUGCACGCGUCAGAGACGCUACCGGCAUGUUUGGCAUGGCCGGCGUCUAA